AUGGCCCAAGUACCUGUGUGAGUUUUUCAGUUGCCUUUUCUUCUCUCUCCUGAUUUUGGAUUUGUAAUCAUUUUCUGAAUUUCAGAGCAAAAGACGAGAAGGAAAAGAAGAAUGACGCUCUUGCCACAGCUAUUCUGAAAGACAAGGUCAAGCCCAACCGACUCAUCGUCGACCAGUCGGACAAGGAUGACAAUUCCGUCAUUGCUCUGUCGCAAGCCAAAAUGGACGAGCUCAAUUUGUUCCGAGGCGAUGCUGUCGUUCUGAAGGUUAAUCUCACUCUCCAUUCAAAUUAUUUGAUUGUGUAGCUCUAAAAAGCAUUGGCGUGUUAACUUUCAAGGUUACAGCCAACCGUCGUAUAGAGCAAUAAUAACUUUCUUGUUUUUGGGUGAGGUGCAUUCGUUCAAGAAUGUGUCUCAAUAACGUGAACACAAUUAUUGACAAAAUCAUUAUUUUUAUAGGAUCAAUUCCAGAAAUUUUUUUUUAUCAUUUUUUUUCAGGGAAAGAAAAGAAAGGAGACUGUUGCCAUCGUUUUGGCUGAUGAUGGGUGUGCCAACGAGAAAGUUCGAAUGAACCGUGUCAUCAGAAACAAUCUGCGAGUUCGGCUUGGCGAUGUCGUCAGGUAGUGUAUUUCGAAAUCUAUGAUGAAAUAAAGUUGCUCUUCAAAAAGCACUGGUGAAUGACCGCUUAAAGUUUUUCCCAGCCGUCGAAAAGAGCUAAAUAAAAUAGAAAGUUUUUGGGUGAGGUGCAACUGGUAUAUGUAGCGUCUCAAUAACUUCAUGACAUUCAUUAAGAAUUUCAAUUUUCAGUAUCACGGCUGCGCCAAACCUCUCAUAUGGAAAGAGAGUCCAUGUUCUUCCAAUCGACGACACCAUCGAGGGACUCACUGGAAACCUCUUCGAUGUUUUCCUCAAGCCGUACUUCUUGGAGGCUUACCGGCCGUUGCACAAGGACGAUAUAUUCACUGUCCAGGCUGCGAUGAGAACUGUCGAGUUCAAGGUACGUGAACAACUUUGAUCAAUCUUUUUUUUUAAUUGUCCGAAUCCGAGAAAUAACUUCAAGUUUACAGGUCGUUGAAACUGAUCCAUCGCCAGCGUGCAUCGUCGCACCGGAUACCAUGAUCCAUUAUGAAGGAGAAGCCAUCAAGCGCGAAGAGGAAGAAGAAAACCUCAACGACGUCGGUUACGACGAUAUUGGCGGAGUAAGUUUUGAAAGAAAAAAUCAUAUUUGUGACAUUUCUGAAUAAAAUUAGCUCUAAAAAGCAUUGGCGUGUUAACUUUCAAGGUUACAGCCAACCGUCGUAUAGAGCAAUAGAAACUUUCCUGUUUUUGGGUGAGGUUCAUUUGAGCUUCAAAAAUGAGUCUCAAUAACGUGAAGACAUGUUUACAGAUUUAAAUAAUACAAAAGAGUUUUAUUUUUCUCCAGUUCAUGAAACUAACUUCAGGCGCGAAAGCAACUCGCUCAAAUCAAGGAGAUGGUUGAAUUGCCUCUGCGUCAUCCUCAGCUCUUCAAGGCUAUCGGCAUCAAGCCACCACGAGGAAUCCUUCUGUACGGACCUCCUGGAACGGGAAAAACUCUUAUAGCUCGUGCCGUCGCCAACGAAACUGGAGCAUUCUUCUUCCUGCUCAAUGGACCCGAGAUCAUGUCCAAACUUGCCGGAGAAUCAGAGUCAAAUCUCCGUAAGGCCUUCGAAGAGUGCGAGAAGAACUCCCCAUCUAUCUUGUUCAUCGACGAAAUCGACGCUAUCGCGCCGAAACGUGAGAAGACCCACGGAGAAGUUGAAAGGAGAAUCGUCUCUCAACUCUUGACGCUUAUGGAUGGUCUCAAGCAACGAUCUCACGUCGUCGUCAUCGCCGCGACUAACCGACCAAACUCGAUCGACGGAGCUCUUCGAAGAUUCGGACGUUUCGACAGAGAAAUCGACAUUGGAAUUCCUGACGCGAUUGGCCGCCUUGAAGUCUUGCGAAUCCACACGAAGAACAUGAAGCUUGCUGAAGACGUUGACCUCGAGCAAGUCGCCAACGAAUGCCAUGGUUACGUCGGUGCUGAUCUUGCUUCUCUCUGCUCGGAAGCUGCUCUCCAACAAAUCCGUGAAAAGAUGGACCUGAUUGAUUUGGAGGACGACACGAUUGAUGCUGAAGUGCUCAACUCUCUUGCAGUCUCUAUGGAAAACUUCCGAGUAAGUAGCUACUUUUUUCAAAAUAGUUUUGCUCUUCAAAAAGCACUGGUGAAUGACCGCUUAAAGUUUUUCCCAGCCGUCGUGAAUGGAGCUAAAUAGAAAAGAAAGUUUUUGGGUGAGGUGCAACUGGCAAAUGUAGCGUCUCAAUAACUUUAUAACAUUAAUUUCUUUCAGUUUGCGAUGGGCAAAAUCGGCGCCUUCUGCUCUACGCGAAACAGUCGUCGAAACCCCCAACAUCACCUGGAACGACAUUGGUGGCUUGGCGAACGUCAAGCGAGAGCUGCAAGAGCUCGUGCAGUACCCCGUGGAGCAUCCGGAAAAAUACCUCAAAUUCGGCAUGCAGCCAUCGCGUGGUGUGCUCUUCUAUGGACCACCUGGAUGCGGUAAAACCUUGCUGGCCAAGGCUAUCGCUCACGAAUGCCAGGCCAACUUCAUCUCUAUCAAGGUAAUCUAUUCAUAAAUUUAUUUUUUUAUUAGCGAAUGAAAUCACUGAAGUUUCAAAUAAUCCCUGUUUUUUUAAAUUUCAAUCUUUUACUCGACUUUAGACAAUCUCAUAGUAAAAAGAGCUUCAAAGUCGAUGGACUUUUAGUCAAAAAUUUUCAAACUUCAAAAUUUCGUUUUUUAGGGUCCUGAGCUUUUGACCAUGUGGUUCGGAGAAUCUGAAGCCAACGUGAGAGACGUCUUCGACAAGGCUCGUGCUGCUGCCCCUUGUGUGCUCUUCUUCGACGAGUUGGACUCAAUUGCUAAGGCUCGUGGUGGAAGCGCUGGUGACGGCGGCGGCGCUGCUGAUCGUGUCAUCAACCAGGUUCUUACUGAAAUGGACGGCAUGAACUCUAAGAAGAACGUCUUCAUCAUUGGUGCCACCAACAGGUUUUCGCUCCAUUUAAAUAAAAUAUAAUACGAUUUUUCUUUAGACCUGACAUCAUCGAUUCUGCUGUUCUUCGUCCUGGACGUUUGGAUCAGCUUAUCUACAUUCCGCUGCCAGACGAACCGUCUCGCCUCCAGAUCUUCAAGGCCAACUUAAGAAAGACCCCGAUCGCCAAGGAAGUUGACCUCAACUUCCUGGCCAAGAACACUGUCGGAUUCUCUGGAGCCGAUUUGACGGAAAUUUGCCAGCGGUUUGUUUUUCUUCCUUUCAAAGUCGUUUAGAAGCUUCUGCACAAUUUAAGAACUUGCAAUUCUUCGCACUUUCAGAGGAUUGAGAGUCAACGUUUUGUUUUCUCUUUUUCUUUUUUAAGAGCGCAUGGUUUUGUGAGUGUCAUAGUUGUGCGAGAGAAAAAGUUUCAAGCAUUUCAGCGCUUUAAAAGCUGUAAAUCUCGCUUUGAUUGCGCUUUUGAAGCUAUAUGAUUUGAAGAUACAUUUUACAUUUUUAUAAUUUUCAGUGCUUGCAAAUUGGCUAUCCGUGAGUCGAUUGAGAGAGAAAUCCGCCUGGAGAAGGAGCGUCAAGAGAGAAACGCAAAGGGAGAGGAGCUUAUGGAGGACGAUUUGGUCGAUCCAGUCCCAGAAAUCACUCGCGCUCACUUCGAAGAGGCUAUGAAGUUCGCUCGUCGUUCAGUAUCUGACUCAGAUAUCAGAAAGUGCGUUUCAGUUCAUUUUUCUUUUCAAAAAUUGUGUUUUCAGAUACGAGAUGUUCGCGCAGACUCUUCAGCAACAGCGUGGAUUCGGAACCAACUUCCGAUUCCCAGGAGAGGCUCAGAAUCCUUCGGAAAUUCCUGUUGGUGGUGGCGGCGGGGGUCACCGUGGAGAAGACGAAGACCUUUACGGAUAA